GGAUGAGAACUACAGAGGCGAACGGGAGAUGGGGGCGGAUGUUUGCGUUUUUUCAGACAUGUCUACCUCGGACGCGCUUCAGAUGUCUCGCCGCGUGGAUCCUCGCGGAGUGAGGACGAUUGGAGUCAUCACGAAAAUCGAUUUGAUGGACAGAGGAACAGAUGCAGCGAAGAUGCUCAUGGGCGAAGAAAUUCCCCUGCGACUCGGAUACACAGGAGUACGGAACAGGUCGCAGGCAGACAUCCGCGAGGGCAAGUCUGUGCGCGAGUGCCUGGAAGAAGAGAAGACUUUUUUCGCGACGCAUCCGACUUACAGGUUGCUGCCACCGCACCUUGUGGGUGUGCACUCUCUCGUGGACAAGUUGACCAAGGUUCUGUUCCGGCACAUCAAGAACUUUCUGCCGGAAAUCAAACGCGAAAUUUCCAGCAAAACUCGCGUCGUCCUCGACCGACUGCAGGAACUCGGCGAGGUACGCCCUCUCUCUGUCUUCUACAUUCCUACACAUUUAUAUACAUUUGUAUACACUCAAUAUAUACAUUCAGAUACAGUUGUAUAUAUGUACAUAUAUAUAUAUAUAUAUAUAUAUAUGCUUAUAUGCG